GAUACUAUUACUAAAAACCACGCCCUAUACCCUAGGUACUUACCUAGAGUACUCUAACUAGAGUAGGUAUCCUUUCCCCGCCGCCAACUACGUACGUAAGUGUAGGUAGCAUACUCUACUCUAGCAGCAAAACAGCCUAUCCAUAAGCACGAACGGCACUUGGGCAUUCCCUCGCGCCGCCUCCGCAGCCACUUUAGCACUUCCCCACCGCACCCCCAAAAAACCCCAACGCCAACGCCAUCACCACCACCAUCAUCAUCGCACCCAGCGCCUCCUACGUAACUAAGGUACGGCCCUCUCAUCCCUCACCCGCACCUCAAACCCCGCCCAUGCAUUGCGUGCUUGCUCGCGAGCUCGCUACCCCUUUCCCUCACCCCCUCACCCCAAACAGAAAAUCCCCAAGACCCAAGACCAAGACUCCACACCCACGAGGCCACCCACGCACCCACCCACCGCACCGACCACCAACGCCAGCCCUACCGCCGGUGCCGCCGAUCCCAACCCCGUCACGUACCUACUACGGCUUCCCCGCAAAGACCACCAACCGUGCCGGCAGCCUCUGCAGCUCGCAACCUGCGACUUGCGACUUGCGACUUGCGACCUCAAAUCCAGCCGUGCCUGGUGCCAACCAGCGGCCACCAAAAUCAGCUCAGCACUCACUCACACCGCCGAGCUUGCGCGGCUCCGCCCCAGCCCCAGCCCCUGCGCAUCACUCAGUCGUGCUCGCGUGCGCGCCUUCGAGAAACGCUCCAGAAACGCCGUCGCUUGCGGUCGUGCGUGCGUGCGAUCCUCCUGCCAAUGCCAAAGCUUCCUGCCUGGUGCCCUGCCUCCUGCCUCCUGCCUCCUGCGACACCGCCAAUGGGGCGCGCGGCGUCAUCGCCGCCUGCGGCCCGCCACUUGCCGCGGUGGUGACGUCGGCGCGGUUUGC